GUGUACACAAUCUCAGUCCUAGCAGCAGCAGCAGCACAUCCCUCCGCUCUGCUCCUGCUACUUGUAACUCUGGGAUUGUUGUGGCUGGAAGAAUUCCUCCUUUUUUUUUUUUGGGAUCGUCCUUUUUUACGAAAGAAUUACAAAAACAAAAAAUAAUAAUUCCCCAAAAUAAUAAUUCUCAAAACUGCAGAAUCCGACCUCCUCCUCCCUACAAUCUCUCUUCUUCUUCUUCUAACACUUUGAGAGAGGGGGGAAACUGCCAGAAGAUCUUGGUCUCCUCCUCUGACCCUUUGGAAUUGAUCAACCUUUAACCGUGGGAUUAAAAGAAACUGAAUUAUUAAUUUUUUGGAGGAAAACAUAUUUUUUCAGGGUUUAUUAUCAUUUUUUUCAUCCGUCUUUUGUUUUUUGGAGCAAGUUCUUUCUGGAGAUUUUGGAAGUGUUUCUAUAAAAUUUGUUGUUGUUGUUGCUUUUUUUCUUUUUUUGGGGGAUUUUUCGUUUUUUUUCGCCUUUGUGAUUGUGAAGUGGUGGUGCGACCAUGGUUUGGAGGUUACAAGCUGACAGGAAACAGUUGCCUCUCCUGCUUCUAAGACUCCUUUGCCUUCUCCCUACAGGACUGCCUGUCCGCAGCGUGGAUUUUAGCCGAAGCACGGAUAACAUCACCGUCCGGCAAGGGGAUACAGCUGUACUCAGAUGUUUCAUAGACGACAAGAGCGCCAAAGUGGCAUGGCUGAACCGCUCAGCCAUUAUUUUCGCUGGACAGGACAAAUGGUCUCUUGACCCCCGGGUAGAGCUUGACAAGAGAAGCGUCCUCGAGUACAGUCUCCGCAUCCAGAAAGUGGACGUCUACGAUGAGGGACCUUAUAUCUGCUCGGUCCAGACACAACAUCACACCAAGACAUCCAACGUGUAUCUGAUCGUCCAAGUUCCACCAAAGAUCUCCAACAUCUCGGCAGACAUUACUGUGAACGAAGGCAGCAACGUGACUCUGGUGUGCAUCGCCAAUGGGCGCCCAGACCCCAUCAUCACCUGGAGGCAUCUGAACCCAACAGCCAGAUACUUUGAAGGAGAAGAGGAAUAUCUGGACAUCCAGGACAUCACUAGAGAACAGUCUGGAAAGUACGAGUGCAAGGCGGCCAAUGAAGUAGCUGCAGCCGAUGUAAAACAAGUCCGGGUCACUGUGAACUAUCCUCCUAUCAUCACUGAGUCCAAGAGCAUUGAGGCGAUCACAGGCAGGCAGGCGAAUCUCCGCUGCGAGGCCUCAGCUGAGCCCAAGCCGGACUUCGAGUGGUACAAGGAUGACACAAGGAUAAACAGCGCACAAGGCCUGGAGAUCAAGAGUAUGGGGAACCGAUCCACUCUGGUGGUCGCAAACGUCACUGAGGAACACUAUGGAAACUAUACCUGCGUCGCUACCAACAAGCUGGGUGUCACCAACACCAGCCUAUUCCUCUACAAACGGGUCAUAGCCACAAAACCCAUCCCUGCCGCAGAGAGAGACAGCAGCAACCGCUUCAAGCAGAAAGGACCUGGGACGGUGAUAGCAGACAAUGGAUCCAUCAGCCUGGCUGCUUCCAUCUGGCUAAUGGCUAUUUCUCUCUUCUUCUGCCUAAUUUGCAAAUGUUAAUAAAAUACAUAUAUUCAAGAAAACAAAAAAAAAAAGAAAAUACAGAAAAAAGUAAUAUGGGAGAGGAGGAGAGAGAGACGGGACUGUUUCCUUCACAAAUUGUGUUGCGAAGCAACAGAAACAAAAAUAUA